AGCUGGCAGUGGCUCAGUGACGACCCGUGGGUGUGUGCCCCGCACGGUGUGCUGCAGAACGCCGGCGCGCACCGCCACCGGCCGCUCUGCAUGCCGCUGCACGACGAGCUGCACGACAUGGACGCAGGAGAUGGUGUGGCUGAUCCAGAACGACUGCGACUACGAGGGGGCGCGGUGUCUGCUGUGCCCCGACCGGUACCAUUUCCUGGAGGCCGCUGGUAUGACCACCAGUAUGAAACGGGAGAAAAUUCGCCUCGGUCGAAACCCAGUUAGCAAGAAGCUUUUCUUUGGGUCCAUUCAGGAGCGGACCAGGCCGCGGUUUGUCAAGACUCACCUUCCGCUGCACUUCUGUCCUCCGGCACUCAUCGAUACUGCCAAGGUUAUUUACGUCGCGAGGAACCCGAAGGACAUGUGUGUUUCGUACUUCCACCAUACUGCCGUAUUCAAAGAGAGAAGCUUAGCGCUCACUCUGGAUGACUUUGCUGCCUUGUUCAUGGAUGGAGAAGUAAGCCAGCUGCCAUACUUCCCGCAUGUUCUAGAAGCGUGGAAGCAGCGGCAUAAUCCCAACUUGCUCUUCCUCUUCUUCGAAGACAUGAAACGCGAUCUGAGAGGCACUAUCCAGAAGGUGGCUGACUUCUUGGGCAAGUCGCUCACGAAGGAGCAACUGGAUGGGCUUGAGUUUAACCUCCACUUCGACAACAUGAAGAAGAACCCAUGGGUUAACAAGAGCAUGGCUUAUGCCUACUCCCCGCUGACAGCUGAAGAGCUCGAGGCAAUGGCGGCCAAAGAGCCGCCACCGCAGUUUAUGCGGAAAGGACAGACGGGAGACUGGAGAAAUCACAUGAGCCAGCAGACAUCGGACAAAAUGGACGCCUGGAUUCAGAGGGAACUCGCCGGCUCCGACCUGAAGUUCAUCACCGGCUAACAUACUCAUACAAGGGUGAUCAGGGAGAGUGUCGAGCUUUUAUACACCUAUAUACCGAUUCGUGUUGACGCAUUGUAGCCCGAACGAACGGAACAUUCGAUGUGGAAUAGGCACAAAUCUGCUGAACCUACCGAUUAGGCAGGUAGGUACAGGUCUCGCGAGAUUAAGCGGUAGGUUUUGCACUUUUACAUUUCCGGUU